AUGGUUAGACUGACUGAACUAAAUGCGGGUUUACUUGGCGAACGAUGUUGUGGUGUCGGAGCUGUGACAAAAUCCCAACAAUCACAGCUUGCGACCAACGGUGAUGCCACUAUUGGCUCCAAUGGAAGUGGUGGCCUGCCCAUUGAAAUUGUCAUUCGUGGCGAGAGCAGACUUGUCUUCGUUCAUGAGACAGAAGACGGCGAGGCCACACCAUUGCAACUUCCGGGGAAGCUUAAGAGGCUCGUACCUGCAAACGCACCCAUCGAGCCUGUUACAGCCAUCAUUGUUCACCCAAAGCCCAACCAACCCGCCGUAAACUUCGACCUAAGCGUCAGCAGGACUGGUACUGUACGUGGCAUGAAUGGCACAAAAGGAUCUCGAGGUCCGUCUGUCAGUUUGUUUGGGAAAUCAGCCGCAUACCCGUCAAAUAUAGACGUCGAACCAUUCGACCCUGAAGCAACCGCAACGUUAUCUCUGCCGAGUCGGCCACGGACGAUGGGACUGGACUUCGCCGGCGAUUUGGAUGCUGCCGCCGAUGCUUCAUACGAUGUCGAUGCCGAAGACCGUGAUAUUGAGCAAGAGGUGAUGGAUAUCAUGGAGCUCGAUCAGGCGUUAGAGGAAUUGGAGGAAGAACGGAACACCGGCACCAAGCGCGUUUUCUUCGAGGAAGGGUAG